GCACACUCUACAGUGCAACGCGAUGGGGCUGAUUGGCAACAUCCUUGGCUUCCAAGGCAAAGGCAAGAUCGAAGUGGUCGUGGAUCGGCCGUAUUACAUGUCUGGGGAGCUCGUGAAAGGCAAAAUCCUUGUGGAGGUCACGUCUCCUAUACAGUGCAAUGAGGUGGUGUUGCUUGCUUCUGGUAAGGAAAAGGUCGAGUGGAAGGACAAUGGCUCCACCCACACCGGUGUGGUCGAAUUCUUCAAGAAAAAGGUUUGCCCGUCGACGACUACCUCACCUUUCCAAUUGUGAUCCACAUUGUCGUAAUGAUGGGGCGAACGUAGAUUGUGCUAUACUGCGUCGAGCGCAUUCUGCAGCCAGGCACGUAUGAGUUUCCGUUCGACUACCAGCUUCCUGACAACCUGCCCGGGAGCUUUGAUGCCAAGAAGGAAAGCAGUGACGUUGUCGCCAAGAUCGAGUACUCGAUGACUGGCACCGUGAUCGUCGACGGUGUAUUUGCCCGUGACUUGAUGAAAAAGGCAGUGUUGGUGCUGUACACGAGUCACGCGGGUCAACUGGUCCAGCCAAGCGUGGACACGUGCAGUCGAAAGGUGUCGUACUUGUGUUUUGACCAAGGCACUUGUGCGUUCAAGGCGUCCGCUGACAAGACCGUCUACAACACCACCGACACCCCUCAAAUCCACAUCGACAUUCAAAAUGGGUCCAAGCAAAAUGUGCUUCGCAUUCAAUGCCGACUCGUGCGCCAGGAUUUCCUUACUGCGGCGGAUGGCGCGACCAAAACUGUGCGCACCCAGUUGUGCGACGCGUCGUUCCCAGGCGUGCCGGCCCACGCGGUAAUCUCCCAGGACCUCCCCUUCGCACUGACCACGAAGCUCCUCGCGCCAUCCACCAAGGGAUCCCUCUUGGUCGUCACGUAUGUCAUACAUGUGCUCUGUGACCUUCCGCGCACCGCGUCCGACAUUUUACUGGCGCUCCCCAUUGAAAUCACGCCCCCCGUGCUGCGCCAAGCCGUGCCUUCCACGACCCAACCCUCCACAGCGUCCGCAAUGCCGCCAUCGCCGAAACAUACGAUCACCGUUCCUACGGACGGCACCACCGCACAGCCACCCAUUGUGAUCGCCACCACAGAUAGGAGCACGCUGAACGACCACUCGAUGUCGACUGCUCCUUCUCACGAGGAGGCAACGACUACCACCCCACGAACCAAACGCGCAACCAUGGCAAUUGUCCAGCCAGCGCCUCGGCUUGAACCACCUUUCAACCCCCCUCUAGCCGUGGAAACCACCCCAGCCACAACUCACGGUCAAAUGCAACCCAUGCAAAUGAUAGCCCCGUAUCCCCAGCCAAUUCAACAAAUACAGUUUGGAACGAUGCCAACGUAUGGGGGCGUGACUACUUCUCCUCCUUCAACGAUGAUGAUAAUGCCUCCAAUGAUGGCUAUGCCCGGCCAGAACAGGCACAUGGUGAUGCAACAUCCGUCGAAUAUGGUCACUCUUCCGGGGAACUUGGGGGGCUUCAUGAUGCAGCCCCAAGUGUCUCCAGGUAUGCACAUGAUGAGCAACCCGAGGCCGCCCCCGACCAAUAACCUCGACACCGUGUCCGUCGACGGCGGCGGUCCAGCCGACGUGCUCUUUGUAAACCUCACGCCUAUGCCCAUCGACCUCUUGUGGGUCGACACUGUGGGAGUCGAGUCGUUCUACGCGCGAUUGCACCCGACCGAGUCGUACUUGCAGCCGACGUUCACAAACCACAUGUGGAAAGUGGGCCAAUGUGGGCAAAUCCUGUUGGCGUAUCGGGUGCGCGUGGGUGGUCAGCGAGUGGAAGUGCUCGGUCCAGGACUGGCCAAUUACUUUUAACAAACACAAAACCACACAGUGCACCUCC